GAAAUACCCUCUUUUUUUCUGUGUCUGUUAAGUUUACUUUGGUUUAACCGCAUCUCACCGUCGUCUUACGUGUCUCUGCGCAUUCUGCUUUGCAAUCCACACCACAAAAACUCCAACUCCCUUCUACGAAUCUCUCAUCAUGUCCGACACCGAAGACGUCAAGCGCCCGCGCAACGAGAGCGGCACCGCCUGCCGUGUGUGCGGUGAGGAGGGCCACUUCGCCCGCGAAUGCCCCAAGGCGGAGGCCAAGGACAACAGCACCCAGACGUGCUUCCGCUGCGGCGAGGCUGGCCACAUGAGCCGCGAGUGCCCGAACGAGGCGAAGACCGGUGCGGCCGGCAACAUGACGUGCUUCCGGUGCGGUGAGGCCGGCCACAUGAGCCGCGAUUGCCCGAACUCCGCCAAGCCCGGAUCUGCGAAGGGUAUGGAGUGCUACAAGUGCGGCGAGAGUGGCCACAUGAGCCGCGACUGCCCCAGCAACCAGGGUGGCCGUGGAGGCUACGGCCAGAAGCGCGACCGCGACGGCGCACACAGCAGCUACGGCGGUGACCGUACGUGCUACAAGUGCGGUGAGGCCGGCCAUAUGAGCCGCGAGUGCCCCAACAGCCAGGGCGGCUACAGCAACGGUGGUGACCGUACGUGCUACAAGUGCGGCGAGGCCGGUCACAUGAGCCGCGAAUGCCCGAACGCUGCGUCUUCUGGCGCUGGUGACCGCACGUGCUACAAGUGCGGUGAGGCCGGCCACAUCAGCCGUGACUGCCCGAAGGCCGGUGGUAGCUAUGGUGGUAGCUACGGUGGCAGCCGCGGUGGCGACCGCGGUGGUGACCGCUCCUGCUACAAGUGCGGCGAGUCCGGCCACAUCAGCCGUGACUGCCCGAAGGCCGGUGGUAGCUAUGGUGGCAGCCGCGGUGGUGACCGUGGUGGCGACCGCUCCUGCUACAAGUGCGGCCAGCCCGGCCACAUCAGCCGUGACUGCCCCGGCAACUAA